CGUGAGAAAUGGCGUCGAGGGGAACGAUUCUGGUGACUGGAGGCGCCGGAUACAUCGGCACACACACCGCUCUUCAGCUUCUCCAGCAAGGAUACAAGGUCUCCAUCAUCGACAAUUUCCGCAACUCCUUUUCGGAAGCCUUUAUUUCUCUUUACGAGUUCGCUGGAGAUCUCUCCAAUAAUCUCAGACUCCAUUUCGGAGAUCUCACCGACAAGGAGGAGGUGGAGAAGACGUUUUCUCAGACGAAGUUCGAUGGUGUGAUCCAUUUUGCCGGUUUAACAAGUGCUCUUGAGAGUGGAUGGAAGCCUCUCGACUAUUUUGAAAACAAUUUGAUUGGCUCAAUCAACUUGUACCAGGCCAUGGCAAGAUACAAUUGUAAGAAGUUAGUUUUCGCCUCUUCCUCGUUAGUCUAUGGAGAACCAGAAAAUAAUCCUUGCCUUGAGGAAUUCCCGUUAAAUCCGAAGAGCCCAUAUGCAUGGACCAAGUUCUUCAUUGAAGAAAUUGCUCGAGAUAUCCAGAAGGCAGAUCCUGAAUGGAAAAUAAUCUUGCUGAGGUUCUCUUAUCCUGUUGGGGCUCAUGAGAGUGGCAAACUUGGAGAUGAUCCAAGGGGCCGUGCUCAGAGUCUUGUGCGUCACAUAAUGCAAGUAGCUACUGGAAGAUUGCCUAAAUUAGGUCUAUCUGAGCUUGGUUAUCCCACUCCUGAUGGUAGUGAGAUCCGAGAUUUCAUCCAUGUUAUGGACUUAGCAGAUGGACAAGUCGCUGCACUCAAUAAGCUUUUCUCCAAGGAGUAUACAGGUUGCACUGCAUACAACUUGGGAACUGGUUCUGGUAAAUCUCUAUUGGAAAUGGUUGCUGCAUUUGAGAAGGCAUCUGGCAAGAAAAUCAACUUAGAUCUUUGUCCAGUACCACCUGAUGUCAGAGUCAAAGCGCUCUGUGAUCCCGCAGAGUUUUAUGUUUCUGCAGAGAAAGCUGAGAGGGAACUUGGUUGGAAGGCAAAAUAUGGGAUCAAGGAAAUGUGUAGGGAUGAAUGGAAUUGGAUAAUCCAAAAUCCCAAGGGGUACUCAUGCGAGUCUUGGGGAGGGUUAUGAUGAUUAGUUUGAAAGAGUUUACUGUAGUUUUUUUGUUAGAAUAAUUUCCUGGUUUUCAGGAAAGUCUUAGUCUUUAGGGAUAACUACUUGUAUUUGAAUUGUUCCAAGUUUCUAUUACCACUUAGCCUUUAUUUCCACCAAAGUGGGCUGCUUUCUCAUUUUCUGUUAUCGUGUAUUGAAUGGCUAUUUAGGCUAAGGUUACUGUCAAUAAAACUAAG